AUUAUGAAGUCUCUACUAGAAGCUCUUUCGGAUACAACUUUCCGAACAAUCACUACCGAUCUCCUUUAUAUUGCAUCCAAUGAAGUACAGUAUGAUGACACUGAAGUAGACCUCAACAUGACAAAACUUGGUUAUGUCACUCAGAAUCUGCAUUCUUCCCUAGGAAAAGGCAAUGCGUAUCUAGAAAAAAUGACAGCGGGGGAGGAGCUUUUAUCCAAUGCCAACCUUUAUGAUUCAGUGAAUGCUACUAAUUACCUAUACAACCAAUCAAUUAUGAAUGAUGAAUCGACGAUAACGUGUGGAGAAAACUUCAUGGACAUGGAAUGCUUUAUGAUUUUAACUCCAAGUCAACAGAUGGCUAUUGCUGUAUUGGCUUUGACUUUGGGGACAUUCACAGUACUAGAGAAUGUAUUGAUUCUAUGUGUUAUAAUCCGAUCCCGCAGUCUCAGAUACAAACCGUCUUACCACUUUAUAGGCAGCCUGGCAGUGGCCGACCUCCUGGGUAGUGUGAUCUUUGUGUAUAGUUUUGUGGACUUCCAUGUAUUCCAAAGGAAAGACAGCCCCAAUGUCUUCCUAUUCAAACUUGGUGGUGUUACAGCCUCCUUCACAGCUUCAGUGGGCAGCCUCUUCCUGACAGCCAUUGAUCGAUACAUCUCUAUACACAAGCCCCUUGCCUAUAAGAGGAUUGUCACACGGCCAAAGGCAGUCAUCGCGUUUACUGUUAUGUGGACCAUAUCAAUUAUAAUUGCUGUGCUUCCUCUGUUGGGCUGGAACUGUAAAAAAUUGAAUUCUGUCUGCUCAGACAUCUUUCCUCUCAUUGACGAAACUUAUCUAAUGUUCUGGAUUGGUGUUACAAGCAUUUUGCUGCUUUUCAUCAUUUACGCCUAUGUGUACAUUUUGUGGAAGGCACACGUUCACGCUGUCCGCAUGAUCCAACGGGGCACCCAGAAGAGUAUAAUUGUACAGGUGACUGAGGGAGGCAAGGUGCAAACUGUUCGUCUCGAUCAAACGCGCAUGGACAUCCGACUGGCCAAGACGCUUGUCCUUAUUCUUGUGGUCCUCAUCAUCUGCUGGGGUCCUCUCCUAGCCAUCAUGGUGUAUGACGUCUUUGGUAAAAUGAACAAGCUUGUAAAGACAAUAUUUGCCUUUUGCAGUAUGUUGUGCUUACUCAAUUCUACAGUUAAUCCUAUUAUCUACGCUCUGAGGAGCAAAGAUCUGAGGCAUGCUUUCCGCAGCAUGUUCUGCUCCUGUAAGGGUGCAUCAGCUCAGCCACUGGAAAACAGCCUGGAGUCAGACUGCCAACAGAAACAGGGGAACCACCCUGGCACCAUGCAAACAGCUGCCAGGACCUGCAUCAAAAGCACUGUAAAAGUAGCUCAAGUGGCCAUCUCGGUCUCCACGGAGACAUCAGCUGAGGCCGUCUGA